AUGACAGAGGACAGAUCCAUCACGCUCACCUUGCACAGCUUACAGCUGCCCUUUUCCAAUACCUGGAAGUAUGGGAUCUUGGCAAUAGCCAUCCUCUUGCUCCUGGUGGCCCUGACCAUCUUAGCUUGCCAGGUGUGUCAGCUCCAGAAACGCCACAGGGCUAGAAAAAAGAAGAAAUACCACAGUGAAGACAGGGUGAGGAUAAAGGCAGAGAAUGGCUUUUGGGGGAAGAAGAUGCCACCUUUCCUGCUUGACACCUCUAAGGCGAGCAAUGAGGAUUUCAAGAUGACGGAGUUACAAGCAGGGCCGGAUGAGCCACAUUUCUGCCCCUCCUGCAGCACCACCGAAGACCUGAGCAAUGAUGGGGGACCCCUACUCAGCUCCCGGGGCAAACUGAAGUUCUCUCUCCUCUACCGCAGAGAGCGAUGUGAGCUGCUCGUGAGCGGCCUGGAGGCACGGGGGCUGCCAGGCCGUGGGCAUACUGGGUCUGCUGUCUGGGCCCGACUGCUGCAGGAGGUCCCGUCCCGCAUCCCCGGGCUCCAGUGCGUGGUCCAGGAGUGGAGAAGCCGGGUGGUGAAGAGCUGCAGCAGGCCAGCCUUCGGGGACCAUUUUGUCUGCUCCCUGCGGGACGCCGAGGUGGAGAAGAGCACUCUGAAGCUGGAGGUUCAACGGUUUGACAAAUACUCCAGAAACGCUGCGCUGGGGGAAGUCAGGGUUGCCCUGAGGGAGCUGAAGGCUUCCCGAAGCCUGGCUGUGUGUGCAGAGCUGCAGAAGACCACAAAGGACAUCGUGGGAGAAGUGCUCGUGUCGCUGAAGUGCCUUCCCAUCUCUCAGAGGAUAGAGGUCGGGCUGCUCAAGGCGAAGACGACCCCCCCUCGCAGCACUGCAGAUGUAUAUGCGAGGAUCGAUGUUUCCUGCAGGCGCCAUAGACAAAAGCACCAGAAGUCCAGGCCGCGGGCCCACACACCGCUCAUCAUUUUCAACGAGACUUUUCUGUUCCACAUGCCUGAGCCUCCAGCGUGGGACUGCACCGUGCUUGUCUCCAUUUACCAAGUGGGCUCUGACCCCAGGCACCUCAUCGGACAGGCCACAGUGGGGAAGAGCAGAGCGAGGGAAGCGUCCGACCACUGGGACCUCGUAAAAAAGUCCAUCCAGCAGCCCGUAGCUAAGUGGCACCCUCUCCUCAUUUAG